CCUCCCCCUCGCGCUCGAAGGAUGGCCGCCAUUUUGGGAGUCAAAAACACCCACCACCAGUACCAGCAACAGCAGCUAACGGGCUGUUGGGCUGUUGGGCUUGCCGAGCUCCACGCACUCACCCGGUGGCUGGCUAUGGUUCACACAUGUGUGGUGGCCGGCUGUAGGAACCGCAGGACGCCUGGCACCGGCCUCUCCUUCUACCGCUUCCCGAGGGACCCCGAGAGGAAGCAGCGGUGGAUCGCGGCCGUCAACCGCCAGGGCUGGGCGCCCAAUGACGGCAGCCGGCUGUGCAGCACCCACUUCAUCUCCGGUAAACAAGUAAAGAAUCCUCGUUCACCAGACUAUGUUCCUUCUGUGUUUACACCCCUUCCCCUUGAGAUGAAAGAGCCUGGUCCACCAGAGGUCCCAGACAAGCAGGAAGCUCGCGUGGAGGCGGCCAACGCGCUGCUCUUCCUGCAGCGUCAGGGUGGGUCCGAUCCGGAAGAGUCAGGUCCAGUUAAGGCCAACGUCAAGGGUAGUGCGUCGCUGCUAACGGAUGAUGACGAUGACGAGUCUUUGAGUGAUGGCAAGGAUGAAACAUUUUCACAGAUGUCCGUCAACUUUGACGAUGUCCUCAAAGCACUCAGGCGGGAGAAUCGAGCUCUGCGCGAGUCCGUGGAGAAGAUGUCCCUGUCAGAGAACUGCCUGAGGAACGACGCCGAGAAGGUUAAGUUUUACACGGGCCUGCCCAACUUCUUUGUGCUAGAGACAGUCAUGCUGCUGUUGUCACCGCACAUGGAUGCCAUCAGGAAUGCUAAGCUGUCCAAGUUCCAGCAGCUUCUGCUCACACUCAUGCGUCUGCGCCUAGACCUGCGCAACCAGGACCUGGCCUAUCGGUUUGGUGUAAAAGUGGGCACAGUGGUCCGGACUGUGAACCAUGUGAUCAACAUCAUGUCUUCCACCCUUGUGCCCACUGCAGUCUUCUGGCCCUCACGAGCCGAGCUGCGGAAGAACCUCCCUGCAGCCUUGCAUUCCUCCUGCCCGGACUGCGCUGUCAUUGUGGACUGCUUCGCUGUGCCUUGCGAGGGCCCUGUCAUCUGGGGCAAUGAGAAGGGUGCAGCAGCAGCUUGCAACGUGUUGAACUAUCUGAUUGGUGUAGCACCGCAGGGUGUAGUCACCUUCGUUUCCAGGGGUGUCCUGGGAAACUUCAGCCCUCGGAACCUGGCGCAGGGUUCUGGAUUUCUGUGCAAGCUUCUCCCGGGCGACGUGGUUUUAGCCAGCCGGGAUCUGGACAUCGCUGAUGCCGUGGCCGCCCGCGGGGCUCGCUUCGGCAUUGCCGGUAGUUCUCAAGACGGCCCGAGUCAGAGGGCAGAGGGCUCGCCAACCGACACCCUGGAUGUGCAGGCUCACGUGGAGAGAGUAGUGUCUAUGGUGAGGCAGAGGUACACCAUGCUCACCGGGCCUGUGGAAAGGCCGUUCACCACGGCCGCAGAGCGCAGCUCGAACCUCUCAACUUUUGACAAGAUCGUGCAAGUAGCUUGUGCCUUAAACAACUUGUGUAUCUCUGCUGCACCACUGGAGUGACUCUGUUCGUUUUUUCCUUGAGUUUCUCUAUUGUUAGGCACAGUCUUAGGACCAUUUAGUCUGUUAUAAUUUAAGUCUCGGUUGUUUUGUCGGAACGGCAACAGCUUGUAAUGUGUAAACAGUCUGAUUGGCAGGCUCACCUUCAUCUCCAGGGUGGUUCUGGGAAGCGGCGGUUGCCAGAACCUGGUGGAGGGUUGCAGAUUUCUGCACAAGCUUCUCCCCCGGGUGUGGAGGUUCUGGCCAGGCACAUGAACAUCGCCGUCUUAAUCUGUUGUAAUUGAACUCUAUUUAGUAUUCCCUGGGCAAGGAGUAGGUACAGGAACGGCUCGUAACGUCUCAAGCAGUCUUAUUGGCGUGGUCACCUUCGUCUCAGGUGUAGUUCUAGGAAGUGUCAACCCUCGGAACCUGGUGGAAGGUUCAAGAUUUCUGUCCAAGCUUCUCCCGGGUGACAUUCUGGCCAGCUGGGAUCUGUACAUUGCUGGUUCCAAGGAGCUGGGUUGUCGGGAUCUCUGGUCGCUAUCGGAUAAUCUGGGGGUGUCACCGUAGUCGUAGUCUGGUGUAAUUAAACUUUAGUUAGUCUUCCCGGUGCAUGGAGUAGGAACAGGGUCGGGAGCAGCUUGUCAGAGCUCAAACUUCUCUGAUGGGUGUGGUCACCUUCGUCUUGAGGUAGUUUGGGGAUUUGUCCAGCACAAGAAGGGGCAAGGUUACGGAUUUCUGUGCAUGCUUCUCACGGUAAUGUGCUGCUGGCAUUCUGGGAUCUCGACAUCAAUAGCCCCCUGGCCACCAACAGGGCUUUGUUUGGGAUUCCUGGCUGCAAUGAAAAUGAUAUUCAGGUCGUGCGGACCCACAUGGACAAAGAAGAAUCAUUUCACCAUGAUCAUAAGAGUCGGUUGUGCCUUAAACUUUUGUAUCUAUGCUGCUUUUUUUCGGUAUCUUGUUCCACCUCUUUGCAGCUCAUUCCAAUCGAAUUCUUGUGUGGCUCAAAUCCAACUGAUACCGGUCCAAUUUGGUUGUGGCGAGAAACCGAUUCGACCUCUAUCCAAUCGAAUUUGAGUGUACAAUAUAUGUUGAUGUAAAACUGAUAAGUCUUCCAGAAAAGAUUAUCUGUUUUGCUGUAGCGCCGUUUCACUCGCCAGUCUGUACAGCAAACCUUCCUGUUUAUAUUCUCGCAACCAGUGAGAGAAGAGGCAGAUGUCACAUGGCUUGCUUUGCCAGGAGGGCCAAAUUAACCACAGAAAGCAAAUUAGAGGUUCUUAGCAACAGUUCUUCUUAUGAAACAGUGCAGUUUUAUAACACUGGCAAACUCACUAGUAUCCCUAAUGUAGCAAAGUGGUAUUACAAGGAGCUUUUUUUCAGCACUUUAGUCAUAAUGAUCACGCCCUUAAAGAGGAACUAAACCCAUAUUUCAAAUUUUCUUUUUAAAUCUACAAAGUAUUUACAAGUGUGAACUCGGGAGAAUGUGAUGUUUAUCAGCCAAUUCCUGCCCUCUUUAUUCACUAAGAAAACCAUCCAGUUAGUAAAUAUUCAGGAACGACAACUUACAUGUUCGAUUUCAUUACAUGUGCAAAAGCUACAUUAUAAACCAUGAUCAUAAAAGUCAUCUACAUGUACCAGCAGUUAGGGAUGUCCUGAUCUGAUCACGUGUUCGAAAAUCGGAGUUGAUCACGUUAUUGUCAUCUAAUCGAGAUGGGUUGAAAAAGAUCGGUUUUAUCAAUUUCUGAAAUGUUAAAAGUUACAAAGUGAUAAAAUAAUCCAAAGGUACAAAGAUCUUGACAGAAAAAACCGUAAUUCUUCGUUUUAUAUUACAUAAUGUAACUUUUCAGGGUAAUUUUAGUAUAGAUAUCGAGUGCCUGUAACAGACACACAAGGAGACUGUGUAGCUGUAUGGACCGUAGCCUACAUUAAGACACGCUAAAAUAAUAAAUAACGUAAAUGUAUUGUUUACCAUGCGCUCAAACAGAGUGGCUUCCAUACACUGUUAAAGCUUAUAUGAACCAUUCCACCAAAUUGGUGCUAUUUGCGUCCCCAAGAAAUAAAAUGGAUGAAUGCAACCAUACAAUUACAUGAAAAUAUUCAUUGUCCUGCAAAUUCUGCAAUUUGGUUAGUGUUACAUUAUAUUAGAAUGUCAUGUGGCUAUAUUUCCAUGUAUAAAUAUUAUGUUAAGAACUCAUUCCUGUUUUUUUUUUUUUUUAUUAUUAUUUGUUAGAAUUAAAUUGUCUGAGUUGGGCCAAUACACAUACUGAGUAGUUCAAUGUGUACUGGUAUCAUCAAAUUUAUAACUAAAAAAGUAGAACUUGUGUGUGAGUGGAAAUGGCCCAUACAUACAUAUAAGUAUGUGUGUGUGUGUGUGUGUGUGUGUGUGUGUGUGUGUGUGUGUAUUUGAGAAAAUUUGGAUGCGCACUCUUUUUUUUAAUGCAUCGUUGAGGGAUCGGGACUCUGUAUUGGCAGAUCCUUAAAAUCUGACUCUGGUGCAAAAAAAAUGUGAUCGGGACAUCCCUACCUACGGUACAUGUUCUUGCCUUGUGCGCUGAUCUGGAUACCUUUUUGCAACUCUCUUUCACAUUAAGAAGUACUGUAGGGCUGGGUGAUUAUGGAAAAAAUAAUGAAGAUUUUGAUUAUUAAAAUUGUGUGUACCUUGGCCUCUUAAGGGGCAGUGUGUCGUGGGUGCAUGCAUGGACUUGCACGCUUACAUUAACCUAAAAGAAAAAGAGUAGACGAAAGUGGCAAUAUAACUUUAUUAAUUUAACUUGUUUUUCACAGAUUACGGAGAAUACAGCGUCUGAAAUAACUGUUUAACACGUCACCAUUUUUCUCACUAAAUAUACUUCCAAAGGUGCUAUUGACCUGAAAAUUUCACCAGAUGUUGGGAACAACCCAAGUCAUCAAUACAUACAAAGAAAGUAGAACAAAUAAGCUCAGAAAUUAAGUUGUGUUUAAAAAUGUGAAAUGACACAGGGAAAAAGUAUUGAACACAUGAAGAAAGGGAAGUGCAAAAAGGCAUGGAAAGCUAAGACAAACACCUCAAAAAAAAAAAUCUAUCAAUCAAACAGCAAUCCAGCCCCUUGUCAGUGCAAAUAAAUAUCAGCUGGUUCAGUCGUAAUUGAUGGCAUACAAAAAGGUCUCAUUGCCAAUGUCUGAGUCAAGACACAUCUCAUGAUGAGCAGAGACCUGUCUCAAGGCCAUCACAAACUGAUUGUUGCAAAACAUAACGAUGGCAUUGUUUACAGGAGCAUAUCUAAGUUUCUGAACGUUCCAGUGAGCACUGUUGGGGUCAUAAUACAUAAGUGGAAAGCCAAUCAUACCACCAUAAAUUUGCCGCAAUCAGGUGCUCCUUGCAAAAUUUAUGACAGAGGAGUGCAAAGAAUAAUCAGAAGAGUUGUCCAAGAGCCAAAGACCAUCUGGAGAGCUUCAAAAAGACUUGGAAUUAGCAGGUACUGUUGUCACAAGGAAAACAUUGAGUAUUGUACUCCGCCGCCAUGGCCUUUAUGCACGCUCUCCACGCAAGACUCCAUUGCUGGAAAAAAUAGCAUGCCAAAGCUCGUUUAAAGUUUGCUGAACAACAUUUGGACAAGCAACUUAAAUUCUGGGAUAAUAUAGUCUGGUCAGAUGAGAGCAAAAUUUAACUGUUUGGAUGCCAUCAUGCACACCACGUUUGGAGGAGAAAGGACACUGCACAUCACCCUAAAACACCAUACCAACAGUCAAGUUCGGAGGUGGAAACAUGAUGGUGUUGGGCUGCUUUUCAGCAAAUCGUACUGGUAAACUUCACAUUAUUGAAGGGAGGAUGAAUGGGGAAAUGUACCCAGACGUUCUUUACAAAAAUGCGCUGCCAUCUAUGAGGAUGAUUUAAAAUAAAACAAGAGUGGACAUUCCAGCAGGAUGAUGAUCCAAAACAUACUGCCAAGGCAACUCAAAAUUGGUUUCAAACCAAAAAAAUAAAGCAGCUAGAAUGGCCCAGCCAAUCACCUGACUUGAAUCCAAUGGAAAAUCUAUGUAAAGAACUGAAACUCAAGGUACAUAAAAGAAGCCCACGGAACCUUCAAGAUUUGAAGACUGCCUGUGUGGAGGAAUGGGCCAAAAUCACAGCAGAGCAAUGGAUGUGACUAGUUUCUCCAUACAGGAGAGGUGUAUUGAAGCUGUCAUUGCAAACAAAGGCUUUUGUACAAAGUAUUAAAUACCAGUUGGCGUGUUCAAUACUUUUUUCCCUGUGUCAUUUCACAUUAUUACACACAACUUAAUUUCUAAGUUUAUCUGUUUUACUUUCUUUGUAUGUAUUAAUUACUUGGGUGUUUCCCAACAUCUGGUGAAAUUUUCAUGUCAAUAGCACCUUUGGAAAUAUAUUUAAUGAGGAAAAAUGGUGACGUGUUAAAUACUUACUUCAGCCGCUGUGUAUGCCCGUGAGUGUCGUUAUAUUAGCUGUCUGUAUGUGUUACUAUGCCGUUUUGUGUGUGAAUAUUCAUUAUUUAAAGGUAAAUUCCUCCAGGCACGACAUUAUUUUAUGUCGUGCCUUUAGUUUAUCACUAAACUCCAACUGAUGUAUCAUUAAAUAGCUUAAAGUACGCUCAGGAAGGGCAGAAUAAAGGCCCUCGCUUGCUGCAAGCCACAUAAGGUGCUUUUAUAAAGCAGGAACUUGCAUACACAACCCACGGCACACUAAUCGUUUUUUGUGAUCAUGAGAAGCCAAAAUCACGAUUAAAUUUCAAUUAAUCGCCCAGCCCUACGACAAAAUGUUUACAACAUUUCCUCUGAUAACUUAUUUGCAUUUUCCCCAUGGUUUAGACAGGAUUGAAUGAUUAAAUCUGUCACAUUCUGUUUAAUUCUCAUUCCACUAGCGGAAUAUUAAUCAUAGAACUGUGUUUGGCUAGUGCUGGCACAUGCAAUGUAUUUUUGCUUUGAAAUUGGGUUUAGUUCCCCUUUACCAACAGUUUUACUGUUUUUGUGCACAUUUAUGUAACCAUACAGUACUUUUUUCAGGUAAAUGUCUCAGCUCGGGCGAUGGACCUUUACUAGACUAGUUUAUAAAGUCCAGUGUGCCUUGGGUGCCUGCAGGAUGCGUUAGACAUAUCUAUAUCAUUUUGUGAACUUGUUGUACGCUAUUGUGUGUCCUAGAACAAUUUAUAUUUGUGGCUUUUAAGGUAGCGUGACACCUAGUUUGUGAGGUGGAGUUUUAGCGCCAUCUACAGAUAUAUUUGAAAACUGCAGGGCUCAUUUGCUUUAUUUUUGACUAUUUCCCUCUUGGAUGUGUGUAAACCACCAGUCUUCUUUUUCGACUAACCAAAUAGAGCAUUGUUAAAUUUCUGACCGUUUAUUGAUUUAAUUCCUGCACACUGUUGGACCUCUACAUCCACAUUUGUGUAUUUUUUAUUUUUAUUUUAUUUUUUUUUGUCUUCCUCGGCGCACAUGAACAUGAGAUGCUAAUAACUGUGUUGAUUGUUGUCACCUUUUCACAAUACUUGCUUUGAAUUAAACACCUAUCUCCACA